AUGAGCGAGCGCAACUUCCUCGGCGACGCAAGCCACGGCACGGCUCUCGGCCUGAGCUUCCCGACGAGCGAGCCUGCGCACGACUAUUCUGCGUGGCCGCAGCCGCCGCCGCCGCCGCAGCCGCAUGCACUGCCCUACUCGCACAGCUACAGCGGCCUCGGCACGCCGAUGAUGCCGUCGAUGUCGGCACGCAGCAUGUCCGACUCGCACCUCGGCGGCAGCGGCACGGCGUUCGAGCAGCACACGCAUCUGCUGCCGCCGAACGUGGCGUCGGGCGUGGCGCCCCAUAUGGCGGCCAGCCUGUCGGCGACCUCUGCGGCGUCAUCGCCCAUGCCGAUGCACCGCCGUCGGCCGUCGGUCUCGUUUGACGGCGGCUACAUGACGUCGUCGCCGCUCAGCAUGCACACGCACUCGGCACGUCCAAGCCCACGGCACGACGGCCAGCUGCUGCUGCCGCCGGCGACGCUGCGGCGCGCCGAGAGCUUCAGCAGCUUCAUGGCCACCGACCACUCGCCGGAGAGUCUCUUCAGCAACCUCUCGCCGUCGCCAUCGAGCAGCCUGCACCGCAGCCCGCUGCACACGUCGGCGCUCGACGCCCUCGCCGGCGUGCCGAACCUCGUCGGACGCAAGCGCACGUCGCCUGGCCGCCCGGCGCCGGCGGCACUCGCGGGCCGCAAGCGCAACAAGAUGUCGCGCGAGCAGCUCGCGGCGCUCGAGGCCUUCUUCGAGAAGAACCGCAACCCUGUCGGCGCCGUGCGCGAGCACCUGGCGCGCAAGCUGGACGUCAACGAGCGCAGCCUCCAGAUCUGGUUCCAGAAUCGCCGCAUCCGGCAUCCCCUCAACAACAGCCGUGCAAAGUCCAAGCAGGCGAGCGACAACGUCGAGGCGUACGCGUGGCAGCUCGAUGGCCGUGCCAUGAGCUUCGACGCGAGCGACCCAAGAUUCGACGGACAUGCCCGGCGCAUGUCUGCCGAGCCGCGACGCACCGUCGCCGACACGGCCGUCGAGCUGCCGGCGCACUAUCUGCGCGUCGGCGAGUGGCGCCGCAUCGCACCGACUUGCUACUUCUCCCUGCGCAACCAGUUCUUUGCGUGGGUGAUUACGAGCGACAGCCUCGGCUACAAGCUCGAGCUGCCGUGGAAGGCCGUGCGCAGCGUCUACUUUGACGCCGUCCAGGCGGAUCCGGCGGACGGCAUUGCCGGCCCCGUCGGACGCGCCGUCGUCGAGCUCGACCGGCCGCCGUACUUCUACAUGGAGGUCUUCCGCAGCACGGCCAAGGACGAGCGCGAGGGCAAGCGCAAGCCCGCCUGGCGCCAGUGCGACGACUUCACCGAGGGCGCGCAGGCGACGCACUUCUACACGCACGAGCUCGUCGGCCCGUAUCACGAGCUGCGCAGCGCGCUCAUCGAGAUCUCGCGCACCGAGGGCGCCGUUGGCAAGCUCGUGCGCUUCGGCCCGACGGCCAUGAUCGACGGCGCGCCGCCGCUCGUGCGUCCGAGCAUCGCUGCGGCUGCACCGCCAGGCUACCCCGUCGCCGGCCAGGCGCCGCUCGAGUACCAGCAGCCGUAUGACGGCAUGUACGAUGCGCCGUACCCGAGCGACGCGCUGCCCAUGCGUGCCGAGCCGGCGCCGGCGUGGCACUGGCAGGCGGGGCAGGACGCACAGCCGCCGCACGCCCUGCAGCACUUUGCGCCGCCGCCGCAGGUGUACGAGCCGCAGGUGUACUACUCGCCGGCCGACGUCGGCACGGCGCAUCUCGCGCCGCCGCCGACAUCGCACUCGCGCUCAUCGCCGGCGAGCGACGGCUCGCUGGACCCGCAGCUCGUCACAGCGUCGCUGUCGCUCGACGCGGCGUGA